CGUGCGAGUCGGCCUUCCUUUUCGAUAUCCGAGCGAUAGAGACGAGAUGGGCCACCAGCAGCUCUACUGGAGUCACCCGCGCAAAUACGGCCAGGGCUCCCGCUCCUGCCGAGUGUGCUCAAACAGGCACGGUCUGAUCCGCAAGUAUGGUCUGAACAUGUGCCGGCAGUGCUUCAGACAGUAUGCGAAGGACAUCGGCUUUGUCAAGCUUGACUGAAUACACAAGGAAUGGACUGGAUGAGUUGCAGCUCCAGAGAGGCAUGGAAAUAUGGAAAGGAUCAUCUGUAUGACGGACAUUUAACACUUUGCGUUCUGUUAAUUAAAUAAAGCUGUAGCAGUCCAAUGA